AUGUUUAAAUUUCAUUUGCAUUGGUUCAUAUUAUUUGCCCAAUUCAGUGAUAUGCGACUAUUCGAAGACUUAAACGAUUAUUCUCGCGUCGCUGCUCAGCCGACGCGAUAUUUAGCCGAYGGCUCUCAAAUACCCGUAUUGUCUCUUCUGCAGAACAGAACGGWUAACAAUCAGAAACCACACCAUAGGAAAAACGUGUACUCAGAUUGGUCGGAUUGGAGCUCAUGUUCGGAUAGAUGUACCAUGGUCAGACAAAGACAUUGUUUACGAUCGAAAAUUUGUGGAUCGAACGUCGUUACCGAAUCAUCUUAUUGUUUUGUGACCGGUUCGACAUGCCCGGGGCUCGUGACGAAUUACUACAAACGGCUCAACACAAGUUUUUCGAACAAAGUCUUAGGUAAUGCGUAUGAUGUGUCAGUGAAUUCUACAUGUGGAGUUACUAUGGCUUCUUCUACCAUUCCCGGUUUCAAGACUCCUAGGUUUUUAAUUAAAAUAAUGGGAGGUCAAGAAUCUAAGAAAUUUCAUUGGCCUUGGCAAGUCGCGGUGUUAAAUGGAUUUAAGAAGAUAAUUUGCGGUGGUACACUCAUAGCCCCUGGUUGGGUGCUCACAGCUGCACAUUGUUCUAGACAAAAAUUAUUUGUGAUAUUGAAGGAGUAUGAUUUAUCUAUUCAUGAAGGUGAUGAGAUCAGCGUGAGGGUUGAACGUAUUAUAAUACAUCCCAGAUACAAUCCAAAUACAAUUGAUAUUGAUAUGGCACUGUUAAAACUACGUGCCUUGGAUUUAGGAAUAGAUGAUGGUGGAUUUAACUUGCAACCAGCAUGUCUUCCAUCCMCUGAUUUUCAACGGCAGAAGCGGAAGCCUAAAMUGUGCGUAGUUAUUGGAUGGGGAAAAGUGAAAUCUCAAGAUUCUCAUGGAUCUCGAAUGCUUCGAGAAGCUAGGGUCCCGAUCGUUAGCCAGAGGACGUGCAGAUCUGCGUACUGGCGGUAUCAGAUCACUGACAAUAUGUUCUGCGCAGGAUUCAGAGAUGGUCGGUCGGACACGUGUUCGGGUGACUCGGGAGGGCCACUUUUGUGCAAAAUGCGUGGCCGGUGGACGGUGGURGGUAUCACAAGUUUUGGCUAUGGCUGUGGCCGGCGCGGCAAGUACGGGAUCUAUGCUAAUGUGGCCAGCCACGUGAGGUGGAUCACAUCCGUGAUAAAUACGUCUGGUUAUCAGUAAACCGACGAUGACUUCCAAAGAGAGURAUUAAUUGCACUCAUUUAUAACAGUUACCCGAUCCUGUUCAUUUU